AAAUUAAAAAAAAAAAAAGGAUGGAAUAAAAUUCCACGGCGGGGGGGAACAUUGUCGUUUGAAAAAUCACCAAUGGCAGAACCUUAACUCAGCCGCAGCUUUCUCUGGCAUUUCAUGCGUUUCAAUUGGUCGCAAAGAGAGAGAGGGAGAGGGGGAGAGAGAGAGAGAGAGAGAAAGAGAGAGAGAAAGAGAGAGAGAGAAGAGAGAGAGAGAGAGAGAGAGAGAGAGAGAGAGAGAGAGAGAGAGAGAGAAAACCAUUGACCCAGGGAUCUAGCGGUUUAUUUUCCCACCUUGAAUCACACAUACAAAACAAAAAAUCUCAACCUCUCUUUGCAUGAAAUCGGAAAACAAGUCCAUUUUUAAUCUUUGCAUUCAACGUGUUCUUCUUCCGCGUAUGCAAACCAUUUUUCUGUUUUUAUAUCUGUGAUGGAUAGUAACUAUUCAGCUAUUCCCAAAAACUCGUUUGUGGAAUUGCAAAUACACAAUGAACUACCACCCCCAAGAUCCCUUAACAAAUCCCAUGCCAAACUUCCUCAUUUGGAUGAGGAAAGCUAUGUAGAUUCCAAAAAUGUUAAUGGGCUUGAUCUGGAUGAUGAUUUUGAUGAUAGUUUGGAGUACCAUGUUGAUAAUUAUCCACUAAUUGUUGGUGAUGGGUCUAAUAAACAUGGGUUGGGGAUUUCUGGGGCAGUCUUUAAUCUUACAACAUCCAUUAUUGGGGCUGGGAUCAUGGCCCUGCCUGCCACCAUGAAGGUUCUUGGGAUGGUUUUGGGGUUUGUUUUGAUAAUUGUGAUGGGAAUUUUGUCUGAAAUUAGUGUUGAAUUGUUCGUGAGGUUUUCAGUUUUGUGUAAGGCUUCCUCAUAUGGGGAGGUUGUUCAAUGUGCCUUGGGAAGGCCCGCAAGAAUCUUGGCGGAAAUUUUUAUAAUUUUGAACAAUGGUGGUGUUUUGGUGGUCUACUUGAUUAUUAUGGGUGAUGUUAUGUCGGGUUCUCUUCAUCAUACUGGGGUUUUCGAUCAAUGGUUGGGACAUGGAUUUUGGGAUCAUAGAAAGAUUCUGAUUCUGAUUGUAUUAGUGGUCUUUCUGGCACCCCUUUGUGCCCUUGAGAAGAUUGAUUCUUUGAGCUUGACUUCAGCUGCUUCCGUAGCUCUGGCAGUUGUGUUUGUUGUGGUUGCUUGUGCCAUUGCGUUAAUUAAGCUUGUUGAAGGGCAAAUUGAGCCUCCAAGGAUGGUUCCAGAUUUUGGUUCGAAAAAGGCAAUCUUGGAUUUGCUUGUGGUGAUUCCUAUCAUGACCAAUGCUUAUGUUUGUCACUUUAAUGUUCAGCCUAUAUACAAUGAACUCGAAGGGCAUUCUCCUCAGAAGAUGAACCAGGUGGGGAGGAUCACAACUGUUCUUUGCGUUGCUGUCUAUGCUGCAACGGCUAUAUCAGGAUAUCUACUCUUUGGGAAUGAUACGGAGUCUGAUGUGCUGACCAACUUUGAUAAGGAUCUUGGAUUUCGUUUCAGUUCUGCAUUGAAUUAUGUUGUCCGAAUAGGGUACAUAUUUCAUUUGAUUUUCGUUUUCCCAGUUAUCCAUUUCUCCCUACGGCAAACAGUGGAUGCCUUGGUGUUUGAGGGAUCUGCUCCACUAUCAGAGAGUAGGAAAAGGUCAUUGACCUUGACAGUGGUUCUGUUGGGACUCAGUUAUUUCGGCUCUACCAUGAUUCCCAACAUUUGGACGGCUUUCAAAUUUACAGGGGCAACUUCAGCAGUGUCAUUGGGUUUUACCUUCCCAUGCCUUGUUGCCUUGAGACUAGGUCAUCAUGGGGAUAGUUUGAGUGUUACAGAGAGGCUCUUUUCCUGGUUGAUGUUAGUGGUGGCAAUAGCAGUCAGCAUUGUUGGAGUCAUUGGAAAUAUUUAUAGCCUCAAUAGCAAGUCUGAAUGAUCCACUAUUAUAUGAUUUGGGGGUUCCUUUUUCUAGAUAUUAAUUUGGUGAUUAUAUGAUGAAGCCACGAGCUAGACUUCCUUUUUCUUUAUUGUACUAAGGCAUGCCAGAUUUCAAAACUUCAAAUGAAAUGCAUGAGGUUAGACCUCGAACUGGGAAGUUUGAUACAUAAAAUUGUUUCCGACUCUGCCAGUUAUGCCUGGAUGUGCAAAGAAGAGCUUUGGAAAAUCUGAUGGCUGUUCUCAUGUCAAACAUACAAUUUCUUUUGUGCUUCUAAGGAACUCUGACAGUCUGUUUUACUUAGCAUUUGAGGAAUUUUUUUGGGCUCAGAAUACUUGAUACAGUAAUUGCCAACAUUUGUAAGUAGAAUGCAAUUGAGUUUAAAUAAUUAUAACAGUAAUUUGUUAGUCCCACAUUACAUUCUGUUGUAACCGUAUCAUUCAUAAGUAAAUGGUGUUUCUGUUUUUUA